GUCAACACGCGUAUCAUCGGAGGUGAAUCGGAGGUCCCCGGUCAGUUCCCAUGGAUGGCGCGGUUAGCGUACCGGAAUCGAACAUCCGGAAGGGUGACAUACCGGUGCGCGGGAUCACUGAUCACGAACCGACACGUCAUUACGGUGGCCCACUGCGUCACCAAUCUAAUCGACGAACUUGAAAUCGUACGGUUGGGCGAUCUGGAGUGCAACGCGGUGACGGACGAACGGUGCCGGGCCCGGUUCCAGGACUUUGCCAUCGAGCGCAUUAUUCCGCACGAUCGCUACGAUACUCCAAAGUAUGCGAACGACAUCGCGCUCAUUAAGCUGCAGGAGACGACGGAAACGUACAACAUCAUAAGUCCGCUCUGCUUACCGCUCGAUCAAUACGCACCAUACGCGGUCAAUUUGACGGGCCAGAUGGGCAUCAUUGCCGGUUGGGGAUCCACCAGCAAUCGAAGCAACGUGCCUAGUCCGAUACUGCAGUGGUUGCGGUUACCGAUCGUGGAUACGGCCGCCUGUGCUACCUCUUACGCCCGGUACUCGGUUAACUCGCGCAAUCCCAUCAUUGUGAGCGGCAAUCAAAUGUGUGUGCAAGGACAGGAAAACCGGGACGCCUGUCAGGGCGAUUCGGGAGGGCCCUUGAUGAACGAGGCCGUGUCGACGCGCGAUCGCUUCGUACUGCUGGGGCUGGUAUCGUUUGGACCUCGCUCUUGUGGGGUUUCCAACUUUCCCGGCGUCUACACACGCAUUUCGUCCUACAUCGACUGGAUAUUGGCCAAUAUUGUUCUUUAGGCCUGAGUGAGCGAGAGUAGGCGUAUAGACCGAGAGGGUGGUCGUGGAAAUCGUUUGUGAUCGGGGUGAAACCACCGAUGAGAGGGCGGGAACUUGGACGUUCCGACGUUUCUCAAUUAGUUCUAUAAG